UGCAGAAGACAUGGCUUUGCAGAAUAUCGACAUAAAUUUCAAAUAUGCAUUGAAUGAUGGAAAUUAUAUUCCUGUAUUUGGUCUAGGUGUUUAUCAAGGAUCCAGUGAUGAUGUUGCUGCGACAACCAACGCAGUGUAUUAUGCUUUGCAGAACGGAUACCCUAUGAUUGAUACAGCGCAAAUGUACAACAAUGAGGAAUUAGUUGGUGAAGGAAUAAAGAAAUCAAAGAAAAAAAGAGAGCACAUCUUUGUUGUGACAAAACUUUGGGAACAAAAUGGUUUUGAUCAUUGUAUGAAGUCCUUUGAUACUAGUCUAAAACGGUUGAAUAUGGAAUAUGUAGAUCUUUAUCUUAUGCAUCGACCAGCAGGUGAUAAAAUUCUAGAAACCUAUGAUGCCUUUGUUGAAUUAAAGAAAAAAGGUCUGGCAAAAUCAAUUGGUGUAUCCAAUUUUAAUAUUGAUAUGCUUGAAGGCUUGCGUAGAGCAGGCAAACCAACGCCAGCAGUUAAUCAAGUAGAAAUUCAUCCAUACAUGAGAAGAGAGAAGCUUGUUGCGUAUUGUCGAGAACAUAACAUUCACGUCACUUCGUAUUCCCCUUUAACUAAAGGCAAGAGGUUGAAGGAACCAGAUAUGAUCGCAAUUGGCAAAAAGUACAACAAGUCUGUCGCACAACUUUUUAUCCGCUGGUGUGUGCAGUCUGGAUUUAGUACAAUUCCCAAAUCUUCGAAUGAGAAGCGCAUUAUAGAGAAUUCACAAGUGUUUGACUGGCGAAUAAGCGAUGAAGACAUGAAAGUUCUGAAUGCCCUUCCAGAAGAGACUUGCAUUGAUAAGUCGACGGUCAUCUACAAUAUUCAUGAUGUGAAGCCUACCUGGUAGUUGAACGUAAUAUGUUUUAAUUAUAGUUUAACCAAACUCGAAAGAAAAAUACUUUCUAAUCAAUCAUAAUGUGUGUAUGUUCGCCAAAUAUCUUGUUAAAUAGAGUUUCUAUAUUUUAAAA